AUGGCUGGUGCACAACAGCCCACUUUGACAAACACCCAUCAGGUGAAGUUUCAUGUGAGUAGGUGCACAACAGCCCACUUUGACAAACACCCAUCAGGUGAAGUUUCAUGUUACAGGGACAAGCCCAGUGGUAAAGAUUUAAAGCAGAAAUCGUUUCUUGAAGCACAUGGCUACGGUCCAAGAGACAAUGAAGGAGAGACACAAAUUGUACAGGCCAACACAGACGGACACCACAUGCUUCAAGCGCAUGGCUACGGUCCAAGAGACAAUGAAGGAGAGACACAAAUUGUACAGGCCAACACAGACGGACACCACAUGCUUCAAGCGCAUGGCUACGGUCCAAGAGACAAUGAAGGAGAGACACAAAUUGUACAGGCCAACACAGACGGACACCACAUGCUUCAAGCGCAUGACUACGGUCCAAGAGACAAUGAAGGAGAGACACAAACUGUACAGGCCAACACAGACGGACACCACAUGCUUCAAGCGCAUGGCUACGGUCCAAGAGACAAUGAAGGAGAGACACAAAUUGUACAGGCCAACACAGACGGACACCACAUGCUUCAAGCACAUGGCUACGGUCCAAGAGACAAUGAAGGAGAGACACAAAUUGUACAGGCCAACACAGACGGACACCACAUGCUUCAAUAUAGCUUUGUCACUAAAUGA